GGUCAGAGAGGGAAACCCCGGCGGGGAGACUCGGCCCCGAAAGCGGCGGCCGUUGGAGGUGGCUGCUGCAGCCGAUGUGGCCUCAUGGAUGAACUGGUACAUGACUUAGCCUCAGCCUUGGAGCAGACAUCUGAGCAGACUAAGCUUGGUGAACUGUGGGAGGAGAUGGCCCUGAGCCCCCGGCAGCAGAGGCGUCAGCUUCGAAAACGGAGAGGCCGGAAGCGCCGUUCAGACUUCAGUCACCUGGCAGAGCAUACCUGCUGCUACAGCGAGGCCUCUGAGUCGAGUCUGGAUGAGGCCCUUAAGGACUGUCGAGAAAUGGCCCCCGUCACCAAUUUUAGUGACUCUGAUGACACAAUGGUUGCCAAACGGCACCCAGCUCUCAACGCCAUUGUUAAGAGUAAGCAACAUUCUUGGCACGAGUCUGACUCCUUUACUGAAAAUGCACCUUGUCGACCGCUCAGGCGGCGGCGGAAGGUGAAGCGAGUGACAUCAGAGGUGGCUGCCAGCCUUCAGCAGAAGCUCAAGGUGUCCGAUUGGAGCUAUGAGAGAGGCUGCAGGUUCAAGUCUGCUAAGAAGCAGCGUCUGUCACGCUGGAAGGAGAAUACUCCCUGGAGCUCAUCAGGUCACGGGUUGUGUGAAUCAGCAGAAAACAGAACUUUCCUGAACAAAACGGGGAGGAAAGAAAGGAUGGAGUGUGAAGCAGAUGAGCAAAAACAGGGCUCUGAUGAGAACAUGUCCGAAUGUGAAACCAGCAGUGUGUGUAGCAGCAGUGACACAGGGCUCUUUACCAACGAUGAAGGACGGCAAGGGGAUGAUGAGCAGAGUGAUUGGUUCUAUGAAGGAGAAUGUGUCCCAGGAUUCACUGUCCCUAAUCUGCUGCCCAAGUGGGCUCCUGAUCAUUGCUCUGAAGUAGAAAGAAUGGAUUCUGGAUUGGAUAAACUUUCUGAUCCCACGUUCCUUUUACCUUCUCGGCCAGCUCAAAGAGGGUACCAUGCUCGCUUGAAUCGUCUGCCUGGAGCUGCAGCUCGAUGCCUCAGAAAGGGGCGAAGAAGGCUUGUUGGGAAGGAGACCAGCAUAAGUACUUUGGGUACUGAGAGGAUAGGCCACAUCAUCAGUGACCCUCGGCAGAAAGAUUUCUGGUUACCGUCAGCUGGGAAAAGAGAACGAAAUCAGUUUAAUCCCCUCUCCCCUCUUUACUCCCUGGAUGUUCUUGCUGAUGCUUCUCACCGAAGAUGUUCACCAGCCCACUGCUCUGCCAGACAGGCAAGCAUACACUUGGGACCCCCAUGUUCACGUGACAUAAAGAGGAAACGGAAACCUGUGGCCACAGCCUCUCUGUCUAGCCCAAACACAGUUCAUAUGGAUGCAACGGAGCCCACCACACUGGCAUCGCAGGCCCAGAAGUCUGCAAACUCUGAGUGGUUGGUCAGGACCUCUGUCGCGGAGAAAGCCACUGACUCAGCUGCAGCUACGUUUUUUAAAAUGCCACAAGAAAAGAGCCCCGGAUACAGCUAGAGAGCAGUAUUUCAGCCGCCGGGAGCCAACUGGGUGUUGUUGAAACAAAUAUUAGACUUUAUGUUAUAUAGUCUUGCAUAUCUUAAUUGACAUUCCCAGUCCUUUCACCGCCAGGACUGACUCCUCUUCAGACAAAGCAGUGGACUCUUUCUCUUAGAAGAUCAUGUUGUGGAAAUCUGUUUUUUUUUUUUUAAAUUGUAAAGUGUUGGGGCAGCAAUUUUUGUAAAAAAAAGUCAUCCUAUGCUAUAUUUGUUACAUUGCUAUUGCUGUCCCAGCAGUUACCUGCAGCUCCGUUUACCGAGCUGUUGGUUUUUUGCAGGUAGGUCUUUUUUCUUGAAAAGCUAGUAACUGCUUUUGCGUAUUUUUUGUGUAGAGCUUUUAAUAUCAUUUGGGGAAAUCCCACAUUUGCCGCCAGUUCCAGACAAAUUUAAACA